AUGUACAGUGUCCGCACUUUGUCUCAAAAGAUGAUGCAAGCGCUGAAUGAGGGAUCUAACUCUAGCUCGACGCCCGAGUUUGAGUCAGGAACUGAUGACCACUUGGACCCACCGCUUCAGGAAGAAAUCCAAAAUGACCUACAUUUUCACGAUUUUGACAAUGAGAAUGACGUAUUAAAUGAGAAUAUUGAGGAUGAUGGCAAUGGUGAGGAAGACGAAGAAGAAGAAAUAGAAGCUGAUGAUCAGGAAGAAGACCAUAGGAAUGACGAAAAUGAUGAAAAUGAUCAAGAGGACGACAAUGAUAACGAAGACGAUGAGGAGGUGAUCCAAGUAGAACGCAAUGUGAAUGGAAUUUAG